AGUCAGCAUCUUGUGUUGUUUGUAUGAAAAGAACUGAUUGAUUCUUUUCGCUUUUCAUGCGUAGCGCGACAUCGAAUAUUUAGGGGUUGCUUUCCUUUGAUUUAUCAAGCAAAUUAAACUUGAAAUUCCGAAAAAGAAGAUGAGAUGGGUAAUUUUCUUGCUAAACAGAAGCGGAAGCAUCUGCAAUUUUUUAAAACGUUAACCGGAAGAACAUCCGAUCGCUAUCCGACGGUGCGACCCAUGGCCGACGCAGAACCACGACUUCCUUCUUACGGAGAGGGAAGCACUUCUCAAAUCAUUAAUAAUCCUAGUAAAGCUUCCAAGCUACCCAGAAAGCAAUCUACGAAGGACAAGUAUAGGCUUAUACUAGAUAAUUUCUCAACCCUUGACCAGGUUACAAGAGCUUUAAGGGAAGCUGGUUUAGAGUCAUCUAAUCUCAUCCUUGGGAUCGAUUUCACCAAAAGCAAUGAAUGGACAGGCAAAGUAUCAUUCAACAACCGGAGUCUACAUGCCAUUGGUGACACGCCAAAUCCAUAUGAGCAAGCUAUCACGAUUAUUGGAAAGACCCUGGCUCCUUUCGAUGAAGACAACUUGAUACCUUGUUUCGGCUUUGGUGACGCCACCACGCAUGAUACGGAGGUGUUUAGCUUUCACACCGAUCGUUCGUCUUGCCAUGGAUUUGAGGAAGUCUUAGAUUGCUACAGAAAGACUGUUCCAAACUUGAGGCUAGCUGGACCAACAUCUUACGCACCGGUAAUCGAUGCUGCUGUUGACAUUGUUGAAAACAGUAGUGGCCAAUUCCAUGUGUUAGUUAUCAUUGCAGAUGGCCAGGUCACACGAAGCUCUAGUACAAGUGACGGAGAGCUGAGUCCACAAGAAGAGCAAACAAUCAGUGCAGUUGUUAACGCAAGCUUAUACCCACUGGCGAUUGUUCUGGUUGGUGUUGGUGAUGGACCUUGGGAAGAUAUGAAGAAAUUCGAUGAUAAGAUUCCGUCGCGUGAAUUCGACAACUUCCAGUUUGUUAAUUUCACUGGGAUUAUGACAAAAAAUACAAGUCAAGUAGAGAAGGAAACUGCUUUUGCUCUUGCUGCUCUCAUGGAGAUCCCUUUUCAGUACAAAGCAUGCAUGGAACUGGGCAGUCUUGGACAUCGAACCGGAAAAGCUAAAAAGGUAGUUCCACGACCUCCCCCAGUUUCCUACCGGAGACCUGCUCCGCCCCAGCGUACGUCAAGCAAUGUACCGGCAUCGCCAGCGGUUUCAUCAGAUGAUCAGCAGUCUGCAUGCCCAAUAUGCCUCACGAAUACGAAGGACUUGGCCUUCAAUUGUGGGCAUACAACUUGUAGGGAUUGUGGACAAAGAGUGUCUAAUUGUCCAAUAUGCCGACAAAGCAUUACUAAUCGUCUUAGGCUCUUCACUUGAUCCUCGUAUUACAGUCUUCCAACGGUUGAUUUUACACUCAGACUUCCAUUAAUUACC